UACGCAGCGUCAUAGUUUGCCAACGUGUGCGCACUGGCAAGGCUUGCGGAACCUUUCCACACUGCUAAUGUUUCCGUACGGACGGACUUCGCGACGCAACGUUCUGGUGCAUGUAUGAAUUAGUGCCGGGAGAAACAUGGAGUGUGAUUUUUGUUUUGAUGAUUCGUUUUUUCCGGAAUCCCGGGAGCGCACGGGUCAGAGAGGGCUGACAUAUACCGCAAAGCAGUGCAAGCCGCAGUGGUUUCAGGAAGAUCUGAGCAGUGCAGAUUUGGCUGAAGUUCACACCAUGUGGAAGUUCAGAGCGGAUUUCUCAUACAGGCAGGAGGACUUUGAGAAAGCACUUAAAGAGUACAGUGACUGCUAUGCCCUUAUACCGCCGGCAAACAAUGCAAUGAGAAGAGAUGUCCAGGAAAGCCAGGCACGCUGUUUAAUGCGAUUGGGAAGACAUAAAGAAGCUUUGGAGAUUGCAGAAAUGCUGACAAAAGUUGUAAGUAAUACAGAUCAUCUGACUGGGACCUUACAUCUUCAAGCAACUAUUCACAAUUAUUUGGGGAAUCUACAAGAAGAAGUGUGGUGUUUGCAGCAACUGAUUUCUCUGCACCCAUUCAAUCCAGAGUUCUGGAUUUCUUUGGCUGAAUCUUACAAUAGUGUUUUCCUUACCAUCACUAACUGCAAGGAUCCAUCACAAAGCUCCAGAAGAUUCAACUUAUGUGCUCGGAGAUCGCUGGGAACACCACAAUGUAUAAAUGGCAUUGCUAGACCAAUAGACUCCUCUGUAUCCGUAGAUGAUACCAUAGUACCAGGACAAUGUAAUGAAAGAGAUACUUUAUUGAAUGUCUACACACACUGGGAGCAGCUGCGGAUGUGGUCAUGUGCCUCUUUUAUUAGAGCCAGGCUUCUCUUGCAGUUCAUCCAACCACAGCAUGCAUCAUUUGUGCUAGAAAAAAAUCUUAAGACACAGAAGCAAAUAGAAAAACUAUUGGAAAAGGCUGGAUUAUUAAAAGAACACAAACUGCUCAUGGAAGAGAUACGCCACUAUCUGAACACGACAUCUCAGAAGUCAUGGUUUUAUUCCGAGGAAUUGCUAUGCAUAUUCAAUCUAAACUUUAAAGGUUUGAGACCCAUCUACUUAAUGCUGGAUUUGACCCCGACCGUUUGAUAAACCCCCUUAUGUUAGGUGGACUAAAGAACUGGCAACUGAUAUUACAGCACUAGACUGGAUACAGGCAGCUAAAUGGGCACACAGGUCCCUUCGUAGUGUUUCACAAGUAGAAGCCAUAUGCAAAACUAGGCUCUGUUGGUAUUACCCGCCCACUCGUUUGCAUGCAAUGUUCCCAUCCACAUCACCUAUGUGCUGGAGAAAUUGCACUCAUAGGGGUUCACUAGCACAUGUUCUGUGGUAUUGUCCAGCUUUGGCCACUUAUUGGUUGGCUGUUGAUGGACUUCUUCGCUCCAUCUAUCCCCCGAUUGACACCAAAAUUGGCCCUACUUCUCAUAGGUAUACAGGACUUUCCUGAUGAUUUUAGACAAUUGUAAGAUCCUAGUCAUUGCUAAAUUAGUAGUGACACACCACUGGAAAUCAUCACUACCACCUCUAGUGAGCGAAACGAUUUCUUCUGUUAACACCGCCUAUAAAUAUGAGAAAUUGAUAGCCCUUAAUGAAGGCAUGUCAUACAAAACUGUUACCCGGAUAUGGUACAGGUGGAGCAGCUCUACGUAUAGUUUGGAGUAGUAGCCAUUCCUGCCCCUCCAUUCAUGCGUCCCCCCCUUCCUCCCUCUUACCCCUGCCCCCACCUGUCCUCUUCUGAUCCUUCCUUCCUUUUUUCAUUACUUCUCCCCUCCCCUCACUUUCCUUCCUCCCCUCCUCCCUCCUUUCCUUACCCUCCUUCCCAUCCCUUUCCCUUCCUCCAACCUCCCCCCCGCCUCCUCUCCUCUUCUCACUCCUUUCCCCCUCCUCCCUCUCUCCCCUUCCACUAUCCCUCCCUCUUCCCCAUGACUCCCUUAUCCCCCCGUUGCAUCAAUGACUGCGAAUGUGUCUUUGAUAAUUGCAUGAAACAUGGAAGCCAUAUGCCAUAUGAUAUUGUAACACUGUGAUGUCAUUGUUAUUGUUGUUACUAUUAUUGGGAACUGUAUAGCAACCUACUUUACCCAAUACCUGAAAUCUGAUUGUACUUACCUGGUCCAACUCCUGGAAAUUGUUUGUUUUGUUUUGUUUGAUUUUCAGUUUUAUGUACCUUACACUGGUUAAGGCAAUGUUUGUACUUUAUGCCAAAAUGUCAAUAAAAAGAUUGAA